CUCAUCACAUCAGCGAUGCGCGUCGCGUCGAGUCGGCGGUCCGCUCGUUGUGUGCGCAGCCCGUUAAGCGUCGGUGUCCGGACCCAGCGGUUCGUCCAUGAGAAGCGCAGCAGCGGCGCUGUUAGCGUGUGUCUUCGCGGCGCUGCUUCACUGGCUCGGCUGGACCGACAGAACUGCGCUCCUGCUGGGCUUCGGCUCUGCAGACAACCAGAAGGCAGUGCAUGAGGUGUUGGUGGGUGUUUUGUCAGCGCGGCAUCAUCAUGAGCUCCGGCAGGCCAUAAGAGACACAUGGCUGGGGUACCUUAAACACCACCCUCACUUCCAGAAACGGGUGAUGGUGAAAUUCAUCAUUGGUGAGCAUGGCUGUUCUGUGCCGGAGGAAGAUCGUGAAGACCCGUAUUCCUGCUCGCUGCUGAACCUCACAGAGACAGCUGCUGGGCAGGAGAUGGCUAUCUUGAGCGUUCCUGACACGUCUGCGCUGCAGCCGUCCGAUGUCUCUGCCGUCAGUCUGGACUUCAGGGUCCUUCACUCGGUGGUCAUCACCCAGCUGGGCGUCUUUCCCAACGGACCGCGAGACGACUUCAGGGGCAACGUCACCGUCCGCCUCUUCCAGGUGGACCAAGAGGAGCCGGUGGUUACUGCUCGCUUCAGCGCACUGAGUCCAGGCACACGUGUGGGUGGGAUGUUUUACAAACCUGUCGAGCAGUUCAUUCUUCCCAAGGGUUUUGAGGGAACUCUUCUGUGGGAGGCUUCGGAUUCGACGGGCCUGAUGUCUGUCAACACGUCUGCGGUCCACCUAAGUAACGGAGGAGGGGUGCUCAAGUUUGGAUCUAUAGAGGAGGGAACGUUGCCUCACAGGAGCGCUUUGGGCUUCCCGGGCUUAGCUGGAGGAUUCACUUUUUCAGUGUACGAUCUCUCUCUGUCUCUCUCUCUCUCUCUCUGUGGGCGAGCCGGACGCCAGCGGAUCCGCGAGGCUCAGCUGAGAGAGGAGGACCAGGCCCUGCGGGAGGAGAGCCUCAGACAUGGAGACAUGGUGUUUGUGGACGUGGUGGACACCUACAGGAACGUGCCUUUAAAACUGCUGCAGUUUUAUAAAUGGUUACGUAUCGCAUCAGAGAAGAGCUUUGAUCUCAUUAUUUGGCCGUUGUUGAUCAGUUUCAGGCAGAACUGGGCCGUGGAUCGUGUGGGGAAAUGGCAGGAGCUGGAGUACGCGAGUCCAGCGUAUCCGGCCUUCGCCUGUGGAUCUGGAUACGUGGUGUCCAGGGAUCUGGUGCAGUGGCUAGCCUGCAACGCUCAACAUCUCAAAGCUUACCAGGGAGAGGAUGUGAGCAUGGGCAUCUGGAUGGCUGCCGUCGGACCUCACAAAUAUCAGGAUUCAGGCUGGCUGUGUGAGAAGGAGUGUUACGUGGACAUGCUUUCGUCACCACAGCACUCGCCGCAGGAGCUGCGCUCGCUCUGGGACAGGAAGAGGAAGUGCGGCGAUCCCUGCGGCUGCGCCUGGACCGAACACUGACACAUGCAUGUUCACAACGAGCACUCGGCUGACGGGUUUGAGAUCUCUCUUCGUUUUCUUGACAUGUUCCCCCACCCGUCAGUACGACACACUAAUCAUGUUUACUUGUCCUUUAUAAGCCUGCUCUGUUAUGCCGGCUUUGUAGCUCCACCACCAGAUGUCAAAUUAACACAGGGUUUGAGAAUCGCCAGGGCAGCUUUACCUGUGCUUCCUCAUUCCCUAUCUUUCUGUCACUUUGCAGCCGCUUUGCGUUCUCUGUUGCUGAGAGAUCUUGAAAUCGCAAAGCAUGCAAAUCCUUUUCACUGCUUUUAUCUUAGCUGCAAGCCAAAAUUGUUACACUGAAACAUUCAUUUAUGAACAAUAAAACAUUACAACAGGAUUGCAAAUGUGUCUGUGUG